AUGGCAAUUUUUUAUGUAGUGGUGGACAUGAAGCGGUCGGGAUCAGCGAGAGAAUCUCUGGCUACUGCGCAAGCGUUCAGUGCUUUCAACUUGGACGAAUUGGAUGUGGUGACUGCUCGCGGCGACGAACCAUCCGAUGUCACUACUGCAAGGGAACCAGGUUCUCCCAAGAAACCUGGGUCGUUUGAUGUUACAAAAGCUGAGGAAUCAGUAGUGGUUACUGCUAGAGAAGCACGAUCCCCAGUCCGAACUGAAAACUCACAGACAUCUGAUGCUGAGGAUCUUACGGCAAGAGAAGCGCUGUCCCCGACACCUGGAAGAGCGCCGCAGGCCGAACACAACCAUAAGAGCAGAUACAGCACUGAUUUCAAUAUGGCUUUAGUGAGUCUAUGUUUUAUGAAAAAUUUUCAAAAGCUCCUCUCGAUUUUGGAACACCGUGCUGUUCUUUAA